UUUUGUUUCCCUCGAUGUCAGCUGAGGGCGACAGAGGGAGGUGUUCCCCCUCCCCGGUUCUCAAGAUUUCCCUCGGUCCACAAUAAACUUUCAUUUUGGGAAGUCGACACACACAUACACACACGCACACACACACUCACACACACACAGCCACACGCGCAUCACACACACGCAGCAGCGGCGGCCGCAGUCAUCUUGUCCUGCGACUGUUUUCCCGGGGACGCUUGAUUCGACUUGACUUGACUCCCAUUGUACUUUUGCAAAACGCGCGAAAGGAAGACGGAAAAAACACCCCCAUAGGAAGCGCACAGGUGGAGCUCUCCGGAGCGUCUUUUUUAAAUUUGCUGUCAUCUUCUGGAAGGAGACCACGGGGAUAAAAAAAAAGGGACAGGACGAUGACAGAGAGCCGCCGUUUCACUGCCGGUUAAUCGCACAAUUUUUCGAUUUCGUUGCUUUUGUUUUUGUUUUGUUUUGUUUUUUCCCCCCCUGGCGCGUUCACUUCUCGCGCGGCCCCCUUCGGGAACACCUGGAAUGGAAAAAGUGGAUCUGCCUCGUCUGGACUGUAGUAAAAACUCCCAAGGAAGAAUGAAGUAACCGCUAUGGAGCCGGACAAUGCCCCGUACUCCAAACUCAAAACCACUGGAGUCGGGGGGAGAGUUCUGAUUCUUUGGACUAUACUCUCUUGCACCUGCUCUCUAAGGCUCGCACACGCACAAGAUGUGGAUGUUCUGCAGCAGCUUGGGCUUUCUGGGCGAAGGGCAGUCGGGUCAUCAUCUCCAGGCGCGCGGACCAUCCCUAAUGGAAUCAUCCCCUUCAAGUCUGGAAUUAUCCUCACCCCGAGGGCACGUGUCCAGGUGCCUCUGCGCACCGUUAUCCCUGCUAACUACAGCUCCACCAAUCUCUCCCUGAUCCUCAGCUUGUCUGUUCAUCGCGUCAACAGUGCUUUUCUUUUCUCAGUUCUGUCUAAGAAAAGGAAAGUGCAGCUCGCAGUGCAGUUUGUUCCGGGGAAGGUCCUGGUGCACGUGGGGCAGAGGAGCUCUGUGAGUUUUGACUAUGAUGUCCACGACGGCCAGUGGCAUAGUCUGGCCUUGGAUGUCCAAGGCCAUCAGGUGUUCUUACACACUUCUUGUGGAAAGAAAAGCGUACAUAGAGAUUUGCAUUCUAAAAAAGAGGAGGCCCUGGAUCCAGAGGGCUCUUUCCUGCUGGGCAAAAUGAACCACAACUCGGUGCCGUUUGAAGGUGCCAUCUGUCAGUUUGACAUUUAUCCCUCUGCUAAGGCAGCUCAUAACUAUUGUGAUUACAUUAAGAAACAUUGCAGAGAAGCCGACACCUAUCGGCCUGUUUUUCCACCCCUGCUACCUCUACUUUCCACAGACCCAAACAUUACUCUCACUCAUGUUACUCCACUGUCAUUGACGGAGCUUUCCAAAAAGGGCAAGAGACCCACUCUGGCCUUGAUUGAGGAAAACACCAGGACUACAAUUCAUGUUCCAACUGACCGCUUGAUGAUCCAGGACAAAACAUCUGUGCAUCAGAUUCGGAGCGUUCCAAAACUUGGUGCUGUGUCUGUUUCUCCACCGGUUCAUCCAGGGUUGGAAAACCCGUUUAAAUUUCCAACCCAAACAGUUACUACAUCUCUUAGGAUCAGCGGGACAACACCAAACCCAACUUUACAUGCCGGAAAGAACACAAAGCAAGGAGAUACUAAUGCCCUGAAACAUUCUGGGAAUAGUAUGGAUUUACCUGCUUCAACUAGACCAUCAGAGAUGAAGCCAAACCUCCAAACCACAGCUGCUUCCACACAGGGGCCUCCUUCAGUCGCCUACCUUCCCCGUAAAAAGCGGUUGAGCACAGUAGUUCCAAAGAAACCUGAGCCAAAAGUGACCAGUGUGCAGGUCAAACCCACCUCGCUUAUUCCAGUCACUCCAGCUGCAACAGAUGGCUUCCAAACAUUUGACAUGGAAGCGACCCACUUCUCACUGCUGGCUGGACCACCUGGACUAAAGGGAGAACCAGGACCGCCGGGCCUUCAAGGACUUCCAGGUUUGCCAGGGAAGCCAGGGAAGAGGGGCCCGCGGGGUCCCCCUGGCCCACAUGGAAACCCUGGUCGUCCUGGACCUCCUGGAGUGAAGGGGCAAAAAGGAGAUCCUGGACUGUCCCCUGGUCAAGCCCCAAAAGGACAAAAAGGAGAGCCUGGUGUCAUGGGCCCCUCUGGACUGCCUGGUCAAGAUGGACGAAAGGGACAAAAAGGUCAUCCUGGUCCUUCUGGGCUCCCGGGUGAACCUGGUGAACGGGGAGAUGAUGGAAGCCCUGGGGCCAAAGGCUAUCCUGGCAGGCAGGGUUUUCCUGGGCCUAUAGGAAAGAUGGGGCCAAAAGGAGUCAGGGGUCACAUUGGCAUCCCCGGGCUUUUCGGCCUUCCUGGUCCUGAUGGCGAGAGAGGAAUUCCUGGCGUUCAUGGGAAGAAGGGCAAGAUGGGUAGGCCGGGGUUUCCUGGUGACUUUGGAGAGAGGGGACCUCCUGGCCCUGAUGGGAACCCAGGUGAGCUGGGAGCUCCUGGCCCAUGUGGAGUCCCUGGUCUUAUUGGAGACAUGGGCCCUGUUGGCAUCAUGGGCUUAGCAGGACCGCCAGGACUCAAGGGAGUACCAGGAAACCCAGGGGAACCAGGACUGAAAGGUGAUAAGGGGGAUGUCGGCCUGCCAGGAGAGCCAGGGGAGCCUGGUUUCCAAGGGGACAAGGGUAUCCGUGGCUCACCUGGGUUUCCGGGUCCCCGUGGAAAACCUGGACAGCAGGGCAGACCUGGUGAAAGGGGCCCUAAUGGUUUACCUGGCCCGCUUGGCCCAGAGGGCUUUCCAGGUGACAUUGGCCCACCGGGUCAAAAUGGCCCUGAAGGACCCAAGGGAAAGCAAGGGACAAGAGGUUUGCCAGGUCCAAGAGGAACACCUGGACUUCAGGGUGAUGAGGGACCAGUUGGGCCAGCUGGACCUCCUGGACUCGAGGGCAGGCCUGGGAGGCAGGGAUUCCCUGGAUUGACAGGCCCAGAUGGACUCAAGGGCGAGACCGGGAUAACUGGCGAGGUCGGAAAGCUUGGCGAGAGGGGACUGCCUGGUUUUUUUGGGCCUAUUGGAGAGAUGGGCAUCGCCGGAGAAAAGGGGGAUCGAGGGAACACAGGUGCCCCUGGGCCGCCAGGUGAACCGGGGCCGAUGGGUCACACUGGAAUACCUGGAGAGACGGGGCAACCUGGACUGCAAGGCAUCCCAGGGCCUCCUGGUUCACGGGGAUCCUUCGGCAUCAGAGGACCGAAAGGCAUUAGGGGUCCGCGAGGUCCUGAUGGCCCAGUGGGGGAGAAAGGGUCUACAGGAAUAAAGGGCCCUGACGGCCCACCAGGAAAAUUGGGCCUGCCUGGAGAGACGGGAAGGUUUGGUGAGCCCGCUGAAGCUGGGCCUAAGGGAUUUCCAGGUGUUCAAGGACCCUCGGGACCUCCAGGAGCCAAAGGAAUUGCAGGAGAGCCUGGACCAGCCGGGCCACCAGGAACGAUUGGGCCACUGGGGGAGAUGGGGCUGAUGGGUCUACCAGGGAAGACUGGAGAGAGAGGACUGCAUGGUGAAACUGGAGACAAGGGUGCCACUGGUCUACCUGGCAACAUCGGGGAGCAGGGUUUGAUUGGCCAGAGAGGUGAGGCAGGCAUUGAUGGGGAGGCUGGACUGAGUGGACCUGAUGGAGCCAAGGGUGAAAAGGGGGACGCUGGUCCAGAAGGUGCCAAAGGAGACAGGGGUGAAAUCGGCCUGAAAGGAAAGGAGGGAGAUCCCGGGCCUCCUGGACUCGUGGGUGUAAGGGGUCAAGAGGGUAAACCUGGUGAAAUUGGUGAAAGAGGAAAACCAGGAGAAAAGGGGAGCAAGGGUCACCAAGGUCACCUGGGGGAGACUGGGCCAGUCGGUGAGCGGGGAGAAAUGGGGUUUCUCGGACAGAAGGGAGCAAGAGGGACCAUCGGGCCAGUGGGUGCUCCAGGGAGAAUGGGCCAACAAGGAAAUCCAGGCAUAUCAGGUUACGAGGGUCACAUGGGACCACAGGGCCCAAUGGGACCCCCUGGGCCAAAAGGUGAAAAGGGUGAACAGGGGGACGACAGCAAGGUAGAGGGUCCUCCAGGUCCUCAAGGUGACAGAGGUUCUCCUGGAGACAGAGGAGAGAGAGGAGAGCCAGGUGACCCUGGAGACAUUGGUCAAAUGGGUUUUGAUGGAAAGAGAGGUGACGCUGGUGCCCCGGGGAUUCCUGGACAUCCUGGGCCAAAGGGACAACCAGGGCUGAAAGGAUCCAAAGGUGAUCAAGGUCAGAAAGGAAAACCGGGGGCAACAGGCACAUCUGGGAUCAAAGGACCACCAGGUCCAGAGGGUCCUCCUGGCCCACGGGGAGUUGUGGGCAGGGGGGGACUUGAGGGGCUGCCUGGAUUGGAUGGACUGUCUGGCAAAGAUGGAAGUAAAGGAUUCAAGGGGGAGCAAGGAGAAGAUGGAUAUGUAGGUUUACCUGGAAAACCCGGGCAGAAGGGUAAAACUGGUGUGACAGGGCUUCCUGGAAGCCAGGGCUUCUUUGGACCAAAGGGUGAGAGGGGUCUCCCAGGCCAAACUGGUCCAACAGGAAAAAGAGGAUCUUUUGGUGGGAUAGGAUUUCCAGGAAAACAAGGAGACCAGGGACCUAGAGGGCAACCAGGGGAUACUGGUCAGCAAGGAUUUCCAGGGGUGUGGGGUCUGUUUGGGCCAAAGGGACCUCCCGGAGACAUUGGCCCAGCAGGGAUACAGGGACCCAAAGGACCACGCGGUUUGAUGGGUAUGGAGGGAGCUUUGGGCCCCGUUGGCAUCAUUGGCCCCAGCGGUCAUUCUGGACCCCAGGGUGACAAAGGAAAUCGGGGGGAGAUGGGGUUGCAAGGACCAAGGGGAUCUCCUGGUCCUCGUGGGCCACCAGGACGACGAGGUCUUCCCAGUUCUGCCCUUUCACUUAGGAAUGAGGCUCUCGGCGCUGCCUUUCAAGUCAUCAUUGAUUCCCAUACUGCACUGAGGCAAGAGCAGAAUUAUCAGAGCAUGGACCUGCCCAUGUUAGACCAGGGCACUGAGAUUUUCAAGACCCUGCAGCAUCUCAGCACUCUGAUCCAGAAUUUAAAGAACCCGCUGGGAACCCGUGACAAUCCUGCCAGAAUCUGCCGAGACCUCUACAACUGUGAACACAGAAUGUACGAUGGCACUUACUGGAUCGACCCAAACCUUGGCUGCGCUGCUGACACUAUCGAGGUGACGUGCAACUUCACUGCUGGAGGACAAACUUGCCUGAAACCCAUCACAGUAUCCAAGUUGGAGAUAGGAGUGGGUCGCAUCCAGCUGAACUUCAUCCACCUUUUGAGCACUGAGGCUGUGCAGCACAUCACCAUUCACUGUCUCAACGCACCUGUGUGGGCAGCAGGACCCUCCUUACAGCCUUCAAGCAGGGCUGUGAGCUUCAAGGCCUGGACCGGCGAGAAGAUUCGACCUGGAGACCUCCUGGAGCCGUUCAUACCCACGGAUGACUGCUGGAUCAUAGAUGGCCGCUGGCAUCAGACCCACUUCAUCUUCCAGACCCAGGACCCAAACUUACUCCCCAUAGUGGAUGUGUACAACCUACCGACACCAGAACCUGGCGCACGAUAUCACCUCGAGGUUGGACCCGUGUGCUUCUUAUAGGGCCCUGUGGAGGGGCCAGGAAUACUCCUUAAAGGAGUGACUGCAUGGGGGAGGGUGGAUGGGGGAGACUGGUCCUUUCGGACCCCCAUUUUCUCUCUACAAAAUAUGCUUGGACUGCAGAAACAGGAGGGGGCACCAAAGAAAGAAGGCCCAUUGGAAAUGCAGAGAAAAGACUUCUGGCACUAAUCAGCCUAUGGAAAACAAUAAUAAGCUCCGUCUUCAGAGACUUGUUUGUGUGAUACAAGAUCUGAAUGCCCCUGUUGGAAGUAAUAUCAACGUCUCAUUUCUGUCAUCUCUCAGACCAUGUUGUAUCAUAUUUUCUUCACGGUCUGACACCUGAUUUUGCGAGAACCUAAGAAGUUUGUCGAGAUCUGUACAGAAAUAUGGAACAGUUACAUCUGCAAAUGCAAUAAUUCCUAUUUUAAUGUUAAAGUAUUAUUUAUACAUGUAUAUGUACUGUAUAUUGUAAUAUAAAGUGCAAUAGUUAUUGUUCCACAGCCUUUAGGCAUAUACAGUAUCAACAUCAUAUCACUCAUUCAGGUAUACGGUGUGCCUCAGACACACAGGCAUACUUCCACCAGGUAAGUCUUUUUGAGCCUCUACUAACUGUCCAGUGCUGAGAGGCCCCACAUUUAUACAGAUAUCUUCACAUGAACAACUGCUGUGUGGUACGUUCCAUGUUGAGGUGGAGCCAAGGUUUCCACAGUGUGAACCGAGAAAAGUGUGUCAUGAUGCUACCUCGUACUGCACCUCUCAUCCCCCAGCAAAAACAAGUCGAUACCUGAUUUAAUCUGGGAUGACACAGAGGUGACACCUGGUGCUGCAAAAGUUGACACUCAUAGGAUAAACUCUUGUCAGCUCUCAGCAAAGCAAUGGCUGUGCUUUACGAAAAAAGGGAAGAUUGUAAAAUAUACACACAGGCCAAAUUCAUUAAAUUAUAUUUUCAAGGUAGUAUUUUAACAUUUUCAAUAUUCUUUGUAUGAGUCUGACACUAUAAUUUUUUUUAAUUUGUUAAAAUGUAAAUGUAUAAUUAUGCAACUUUUAUUAUCUACAGUGGAUUCUAUUUAAAUUUUAUUUAAAUUCUGAUUAGCUUUCCAGUUCAAAAACCAGGCAUCAAGGUUCAUGUUUUUGGCACAGUAUUGUUCAUUUGGAGCUUGAAAGAUUCUACAGCCUAUGGCUUUUUUAAAAUAAUUCAACUGUCCUAGACAAUCAACUGUAUUUUAGGAAAUUACCAGCCUUAUUAUUUACUGUUGAUGCAUUUGUCACUAAAAUGUGCAGCAAUUAUGGUUGGUCCCACCAAUCUAUAAACUCAGAGGAUUUCUUAUAUUACACAACAUUAAACUACCACAUUACAUGAGCUCACAGUGUUUGGUCUGUACAGACAUUUUAUGCUGCGUGAAUGAAGUCUAAUGACUAAACGGAUAAUUUAAUAAAUGUCUGAAACCUUUUAUUGAUAA